AACAAAUAUUUAACCUAACAUGACAAACGUUAUUCAAUCCAGGCCCUAUCUCACGGGCGCCCUGUCUCUAAUCACACUAGGCAGUAUAGCAGCCUACCUGACCAAGCGACGCCUGAACACAUCAUGUCCUCGCGUCCCAAUACACCAACUCCCAACAUCAAGCGCAUGUCGCAACCUUCUCGACACAGGAGAGGAGAUCGCUAAUCGCUCUCCAAUUGGAAUCGAUAAGUCAGUUUUACUAUCGACAUGGCCCAGCACAGACCGCAAAACACACUGGGUCCCGCACUUCGUCGCACUACAAGUCGACAUCCCAAUUUCGCAACUAGAGAAAUACGAUGCCCGAAAAUACGGUGUUGAAGGUGACAAGCCCAGCACUUAUCAACUGAGCCAGAAACUCUUUGCUGCCUUUUUAGAUGCACGGAGUCGCGGUCCCGAGGCGUGGGUCUUGGACGAACCCACGCCACCGUCUUUAACGCCGGGAAGUCUAUUAUUCGGAAAGGGGAACGAUAUCGGUGCGUUUAUGCUAGGGAGUUGGAGCUCAAUAUCCAAAACUCCUCUAGAGUCCCAGAACCUCCCAUCAGCAGGACCGAAGCCGGUCACCGAGUUCCCGUCAAACAAAGACGCCGUAUUCAAUUGCGACACCGAUACAGCUGGCACGGUAUUCUACUGGAGAGUCCCGACCGGCCUCAUCAACGCCGUCAAUAGUCCAGCCUCGUACGGCAUCCCAUGGCGGUUCAUGGACGGCGGAUUCCAGGAAUUCAUCGUGGAGCGGGGUCCGGAUGACACGGCGAGGGUGUCGUAUGUCACUAUAGAAUGUUCGAAUCUGUAUCCUGGCGGUCAAAGGAGGGACUUUAAGAUGAUGCCAAGGCUCUUAUAUGAGCUUCAUGUAUUAUAUGGGCAGAUCUUGCUGUUCAAGACUCUGCGGCAGCUUGGGUAGGCUUGUUUUGAUAGUUGAAGAUAAUCUCAUCUCAGUAUAAUUCUGCCGAUAAAAUAGACCCACUGUGGUGGCACGAGAGAGCGAAGAGUAUAGUAAUCCUUAGCGAG